AAACCCUAAUUUAUUUAACAGUGUAUGCUUUGGUGGCUAUAAAAUUGGAUAUGUAUUAAUAUUACUGACUUCUAUAACAAGAACAUUGGUGUUAUUUAAAUGCAUGGAUGAUGAUCAGCGCCAGGACUGUUGGUGCUUAAUGUUACAACUGCUUUACGGCAGUCAGAUAUGUUCGAAAUACAUAGCCUAAACAUGUCAGGCAGACAUCUGGCUGUGUCAGCAUAGCUUUCCCAAAUACUGUAUGAGAGUAUACCUACAAGUUCAAUGGUAUGUUAUUUUCUCUUUGAAAUCCAUGUUUUAGCUAGCAACCAAAGGUAUCCGGUGGCUAGGAUAACGUUAACGUUACCGUUUAGCAUAUAAUUUGUAUCUGCACAAUUAAUAAGAUUUCCCUUGCUGCAAGGGAACGGGCGAUUAGCUUGUUUUAUCUUGACCUUGUUACCUUGAUGGCCGAGCUUUAGGUAACCGGAAUAGAUUAAGCAAAGUGUCUGACUGACACUAAUAAUAGUAAUUGAGCUGGUAAGUAAUUGGAACAGUGCUAGAACAGAAUAGUGCUAACAGUUAGUCGUUUGCUAAUUAACUAUCCGACGGAAACAUAACCGCAUCAGCAUGGAUGAUAAUACACCAGGAUCAUCACCAGGAGGGUCCAAAGACGGCCUCACCGGCCUCCUCAGGGGGACGAAACCGGGCUACUCCAACACGGAUCUAGCUGGUGUUCCAUUGACAGGCAUGAGUCCCCUGUCGCCAUAUCUGAACGUUGAUCCACGAUACCUUUUGCAUGACACUGAGGAGUUCAUCCUGCCCACUGGUGCCAAUAAGACCAGAGGGCGCUUUGAGUUGGCCUUCUUCACCAUUGGCAGCUGCUGCAUCACAGGUGCAGUCUUUGGAGCGUUGAACGGACUUCGUACGGGGCUGUCCGAGACCAAAGACAUGGCCUGGUCCAAGCCCCGGAAUGUGCAGAUGCUGAAUCAGGUGAUGCGCCAAGGAGCGACAUGGGCCAACACACUGGGCUCCGUGGCCUUGUUGUACAGUGUGUUUGGAGUAGCCAUUGAAAAGGCCAGAGGAGCUGAGGAUGAUGUCAACACUGUGGUUGCCGGGAUACUGACAGGUGUGCUCUACAAAUCACCAGGUGGUCUGCGGAGUGCAGUUCGAGGGGGUGUGGCUGGUCUGGCGUUGACGGGGGUCUAUGCUCUCUACAACAACUGGGAGCACAUGAAGGGGAGCCGGUACUGAUCCACUUGCAUGCUGGGAUACUGGAGGACUGGAGUCCCUGAAGCUCCCAGAAGUAACAACGCCACAUUAAUCAGAUUAUUUGCACUCAUUACUAAGCAAACUGCACUAGUGUUUCGCUUAAAGAAUCCCCAGUGGGGUUCUGCUUACCAGUACUACGGAACGUGGAACGUGAAACCGACUGCCCUGCAAGCAGACUGAUUGGCUGAUUCAACAGCUGUAUGUUAUGUGUGUAUGUCCCUGACAGCAGGAUUUUGUUAAGUGCUCAGGGCCAAAAAGUGUUGCUGUGUGUGUGUGUGUGUGUGUGUGUGUGUGUGUGUGUGUGUGUGUGUGUGUGUGUGUGUGUGUGUGUGUGUGUGUGUGUUUGUGUGUGUUUGUACAAUCUUAAACUAUGCUCUCCUGUAGUGUUGCUGCCUUCACUGAAUAAGCCCUAGAGUUAUUUUUAUGAGUUCUAAAAGCUUUGGCUUGUUUCUGUGUGUUUCAUAAAUCAGGGCCUUGUGUUGGGGUGGGGUGUGUGAUUCCGAAUGUCUAAAUGCACUCAGUGAAGUCAGGAAGCCUGGAUUCGUCACUGAUCUCUGGCUACUGAAAUGAAGAAAAUGUAUAAUUUCACUUUGUUCAUCUGCAAUGCAAAGAUGUUUUGAUCUUUGAAGACGUCUUAAGACGUGUUGAACUAAUGUGUUUGGACCAAGCAUUAUUCCAUUGUCUUAGCUUGUGUUUUGUUUUAUUGUCUUGCUGUGCUGUUAUCCACGCUGUGGAUGUUUCUGAACUGUUCCUUCUGGCACAUGAUAAUUAAACACACGCGCUAUCAUUA